CCGGAACCGCCAUCUUCCAGUAAUUUGCCAAAAUGACCAACACAAAGGGAAAGAGGAGAGGUACCCGGUACAUGUUCUCUAGGCCUUUUAGAAAACAUGGAGUUGUUCCUUUGGCCACAUACAUGCGAAUCUACAAGAAAGGUGAUAUUGUGGACAUCAAGGGAAUGGGCACUGUUCAAAAGGGAAUGACCCACAAAUGUUACCAUGGCAAAACUGGAAGAGUCUACAAUGUUACUCAGCAUGCUGUUGGUAUUGUUGUAAACAAACAAGUUAAGGGCAAGAUUCUUGCCAAGAGAAUUAAUGUCCUCAUUGAGCAUAUUAAACAUUCAAAGAGCCGAGAUAGCUUCCUGAAGCGUGUAAAGGAAAAUGAUCAGAAAAAGAAGGAAGCCAAAGAGAAAGGUACUUGGGUUCAGCUGAAGCGUCAGCCUGCUCCACCCAGAGAAGCACAUUUCGUGAGAACCAAUGGAAAAGAGCCCGAACUGCUGGAACCCACUCCCUAUGAAUUCAUGGCAUGAUAAAUAAAAAGAAAAUAAAAGACCUCAAGACUGUAAAAUUGUUUCUCUUAAUUGAGUAGAAGUGUAGUAUCUUUUCCCGAAAAAAUAUUUAAAGCAAA